AUGCGGGCGGUCUCGGGACGCGGCGUGCGGCGGCCGAUCGUCGCGGGGCUCCUCCUCGGCGUGAUCAUCGCGUCGAUUCGGAACUACCUCGACCACAGGCACGCGGAGAGCAACCACAAGGGGACGUACGUCAGCGGCGACGUCUUCCACGGUCGCUUCUGGCGAGAUCGCCACCGAGGAGGUGAUCGUUUCCGAUUCGACCGUCGUCGAAGCGGUCGCUCCGCCGCGGUCGUCGGGGACGCGGCGUCGGCGUCAGCGUCGGCGUCGGCGUCGGCGUCGUCGGCGGCGUCGUCGGUCGCAUCCCUCCCCACGUCGUCCUCGAACGCAUCGUCGUCCUCGAACGCGUCGUCGUCGUCGUCGUCGUCGUCGUCGUCGUCGUCCGCGCUCCCGCGGACCGACCCAGCCCCGGCCGGCGGCGCGGUCGUCGUCGACCCCCUGGACCUCGUCUACCCGGAUCCGUUCGCGCCGCCGCAUCUCGGCUGCGAGCCGCGGCGGCCGAUGCCGGGGAUCGCGGCGCCGCGCGCGCUCGAUCGCAUUGGGGGAGGAGGAGGAGGAGAAGACGAAGAGGAAGAUGGAACGUCAACCGUCGCGUGGCCCGUGAACUGCGACGGGCACGAGGUCCUGUGCGAGCUCCUGAGGAAGACGGCGAUACAAAAAGAGGUUCUGGUCGCCGUCGCGGACUCGCGCGCGCCCGGCGUGUACGCGUUCGUCGACGCGAUCAAGAAGCUGCCGGUGCCGAACUUCCUCGUCGUGACCCUGGACGACGUCCUUCACGACCAGCUCGCCGCGAUGAAGGUGCCGCGGUACAGGGUGAAGAACGAGAAGGGCGCGACAGGGAGCCACAAGGUGAGCGCGUUGAAGUUUACGAUCAUCAAAGAGUUCGUCGGCGUCGGGUGCUCCGUGCUUCUCACGGACACGGACGUGAUGUACGUGCAGAACCCGUUCCCGUUUCUGUACCGAGACCACGACGUGGAGAGCAUGAGCGACGGUUGGGACGGCGAAACGGCGCACGGGUGGAUGGAUCAGGUGGACGACCCGGCGAUGGGCGCGGGCGGGCGGAGACGCGCCAAGGCGUUUCGCGUCGCCGCGUUGAACAGCGGCAUGUGGUGCGUGUCGUGUGUUCUGUUCUCCUCACAAUGGUCCCCAUAUCAUACGACCGCGUUGGCGUGGUGCACGCAGUACGUCUCCGCGACCCAUAACUCGUUUCGUCUGAUGACGAUCAUGGAGCACCGCAUGAACACGGAACCGAACCUCUGGGACCAGGCCGGGUACAACCUCGAGCUGUGGUUCCCGUCCAGGGACGCGCACCUCACGUCCGGGGCGUCGAUCCGCGUCAUGGACCCGCUCUGUUUCGUGAACUCCAAGGUGAUGACGCGAGUGAUUCGCCACUCGCCGGCGCUGCGCAAAGAGAAGCACGUUCCCGUUGCCAUGCACGCGAACUAUCACACGGACAAGGCGAACAAGAUGAAGAACGCGGCGGCGUACUACGCCCCCGGGGGCACGCUCCGCGCGUUCGAGCCGUGCCUCGUCGGGUGCGGGAAGGACCCGAAGACCGUGGCGGAGCUCGAGCGGAAGCACAGACACGCGGUGAACGACGGCGUCGCGAGCUCGAAGAAGUGGACCGCGGGCGCCGCGGGCGCGUGGGGCGAGCACGUCACGGAGGGCGACCAAACGGGGGGGACCCGCGCGAGAGUCUCGCUGUCGUUCGAGCGGCUCGCGGCGCGAGGAAGCGACGACGUCGCGCACUGCGCGCCCGCGAAGCCGUGGGGCGGGGCCGUCGGGAAAGAGGCGCGUUCUAUACACUGGUUCCCAUACGACCGCUUGACGCCGCGAGCGUUACACGUCGUUCCGUCGUCGAACGCGGCUCGCGUCUGCGGCGGCGGCGGCGACGCGUUGACGAAGGCGACGUGCGACGCGCUCUCGCGCGUCGUCGGCGACGCCGAGUCGCCCAUCUUCAUCGUCGCCGCGGACGGAAGAGAUCUCGAAGCGCUUCGAACGCUCGCGACGCGCGGGUUCGCGCGGUUGCGCCUCGCCGAUCGCGUCGUCGUCGUCGCCGCCGCCGCCGCCGCGGCGACGCUCGCGACCGAGCUCGGGCUCGGGUCGACCGUCGUGCGCGUCGCCGAGACCGAGACCGAUACCGAGAACGGCGGGGGUGAGCUAAAGCUAAAGCUAAAGCUCGCGAUGAAGUGGCGGGUCGCCGCGAUCGCGCUGUCGACGGGGCGCUCGGCGCUUCUGAUCGAUCCGGCCACCGCGCUGCUUCGCGACCCGUCGUCUUACUUCUACCGCGACGCGGAUAUCGAGGCGCUCUCGGACGGGUGGGACGACACGACCGCGUACGGGUACGAUCACGUCGUGGACGACCCGGACAUGGACUGGUCGCGGUACGUCCACGGCGGGAGGGUGUUGAGCGUAGAUCCGGGGUUCGCGUUCGCGCGACCGACGAUGGAAUCCGUCGCGUUGGCCGAGUUGGUGGCGUCGCGGAUCCUCGGGAAUUCGAAACGACGCGGUGGGAAUUCGAAACGACACGAUGCCGACGCGGACGCUGAGCAUCUCGCGUUCAACGAGGCGAUGUACCUGCCUUCGCACGGGGCGUACACCUCCCCCGGGGCGAUGAAGCGCACGCUCAAUUACUUGUGCUUCGCGAACAGCAAACUCGCGUUUCGAUUUUUACGCAAAGACGCGCAUUUCAAGGACCGCGCGAAGCACGCGCCGGUCGCGGUGCGGCUGUCGUACCACGCGCGCGAAGUGAAACGUCUGGAAGCCGUGUACGACUACUACCUGGACGGCGACGUCGCCGGGAUGAACGCGUGGAGCGACGGCGUCGGGGUGAGAUCGAAGGGAGAAGCCGCGGAGGAGGCGGAAAAAGCGGCGCGGGACGCGCGGCUGUGCGCCGCCGGCGCGAACGCCGCCGCCGCGUCGACGUUCACCGCGGCUGAAAUAAACGCCAGUGCUAUGGGCGUUUUCAUCGCGAAACAUUCGAACUGGUCCUGGGCGGGCAUCACGCCGUUCGCGUUCGAGACGGAUGGGAGGUUGAGCACGCCGUGGGGGCGAGGGACGUGGACGCUCGUCCCCGCCGCCGGAAACGCUUCGGUAUCGAGCGUUUCGGGGAGCGCAUCGAACGUCGCGACGCCGCCGGACGCGAACGCUCUCGUCGCGACGUUCGCGGGCGCGACGCACGUCCUCCACUUCGAGCGCGAGAACGCGCGCGGCCAAGGCGAAGGCGAAGGCGGCGGCGAGGCGUUCGACAUGUUCAUAAGCACGCGGUGCGGCGACGGCGACGUCGUCGUCGGCCGCGCGGUCGUCGCGGACGGCGACGCGACGUGAGAUUCGAUGCGUACAGUACUACUUUCGAAAUGCGAAACGAUGCAAAAUAGUCC